UGCCCUACACGACCCGCGAGAUCGAGGCCGUGCAGGCCGGCGCGAACGCGGCCCCGGCGGCCUACAACAGCUACGCGCACUCCUUCGCCGGCAUGGGCGUGCAGUUCAUCCUGAUGAGCGGCGUGGAGCUGGGCAUGGGCCUGCUGCUGAUGCGCCGCCUGGGCCUGUGGAAGCGCCUGCGCGCCGCGCCGCUGUCCCGGGCGCAGCUGCUGGGCAGCCGCAUCGUGGCCGGCGCGCUGAUCUCGAUGAUCGUCUUCGGCGUGAUCUACGCGGUGGCGAUCGCGGCCUUCGGCGUGCGGGUGCUCGGCAGCCCGGCUCGGCCUUCGUGCUCGUGCUCGGCCUGCUUCUCGCUGCUGACGGCCAGCUUCGGCCUGCUCGUCGCCGCGCUGGGCCGCACGCCGGAAGCCACGCGCGGCCUGGCCAUCCUCGCGACGCUGCUAAUGGUCAUGCUCGGCGGCGCCUGGGUGCCGGCGUUCAUCUUCCCGGAAUGGCUGCAGACCGCGUCGCUGGCCGUGCCCACGCGCUGGGCCGUGGAUGCGCUGGAUGCGAUGACCUGGCGCGGCCAGCCCUUCAGCGCGGCGCUGCUGCCGAGCGCCGUCAUGCUCGGUUUCACGGCGGUGUUCGGCCUGAUCGCCGUGUGGCGCUUCCGUUGGGAGGACCUGCGCGUGCUGCGGGUGUCGCAGGAGCAGCUGGCGUCGAUGCUGGCGCUGUCACGCCAGACGGUGAACCAGACGCUCAAGGAGCUCGAAGCCGCAGGGGUGCUCAAGCGCGCCCGCGGCGCCAUCGAGGUGCUGGACCUCGAGGCGCUGCGGCGCGACUCGGUCGACGGUUAAGGGCGCAGUUCGCCCAGCUCGCCGUCGUCCAGCGGCUUGCCGAGGGCCGCGCCGAUCAGCAUCUUCACGCCGGCGAUCGUGUCGCCGUGCUUGUUGUCCCAGUACUGGCCCACGGCGGGCUUCACGCGGAUGACGCUCACGCACGGGUCGUCCUUGCCCUCGGGGAACCAGGUGCGGGCCAGCGGCGUCCAGAGCUUGUCGAUCAGCGCGCGGUCCUCGGAGACGGUCGCGUGGCCGCUCAGGUGCAGGAAGCCGGAAUGCUCCGACGCCUGGAAGUACAGCUCCACAUGCGAAUCGGCGGCGAUCUGCGCGUUCUUGUGGCUGUGCUUGUCGCUCAAGAACCAGAUCGUGCCGUCCUCGUCGCAGGCGCGCACGCCCAUCGGGCGAACGCCACCGUGCGUGACGAGGAAGCAGGUGUCGGCCUUGUCGACGAUCUCCUUGAUCUUCUCGGCCGCACCGGCGCCGGCGAGGUCGCGGCGCAGAUCGUCGAUGUCGCGGUCGGCAUGGGUGGGGGUCAGGUCCUGGCUGGGGGGAUUCAUCAGCGGGGUGCUCAUGGCGGGCUCCGUGAAAAGGUCGAUGGCUCCACGGUAGGCCCCCCGCCCGGCUGCGCCUGUAGGCCGCGAUGCCGCUGUGGGCUCAGCGGAUGGCGGUCAGCCAGCGCUGCAGGCGCGGUGCGAGCCGCGUGCCGUCCUCCCCCAGCCAGUCGGCGGCGACCAGGAUGUGAUGCGCGCGGCCGAUCAGCUUCUCGCGCGGCACCGUGCCGAUGA